UACUUUAGUCCUCUAUGGAUCUGUGUAACUUUCAGAUCACAUGCUAAUACAUAUUACCAAAUAAUUUCAGUUUUCUCACAAGAUGACGUAUACGUUUUAAUUAUAUGUAUUAGGUUGUCCCGAAAGUUUCUUUCGCGAGUUGCACUCAAUUAUUUUAUGUGGUCGCGUUUAUGUAAAUAGACAAUCUAAUUUCAUAGAUAUUCAUGUUGUAACAGUAAUGGAGCAAAAUGAAUCGUGCACGAUUCAAUAAUGUAACAUAAAACAUAAACUAUUGUGCACGUAUUACUUAUUAAUAAAGCGAAAGAAACUUUUGGAACAACCUAAUAUAAUGUCUCUGAUAACCAAUAAUAAUACUAAUGACGAUUGGCAGCACUGUCAACCUGAAAUAUCAAAGUAAAUGCCUUGCAAGUUGCCUACAGAACAAAUUUGACCUACAGUGGUUUACGUAACAAAAUGUCGAGUGAAUCUAGAAUGACAAAAAAAAAAGAAUAAUAAAGAACAGAUGAUCGAAUCUAAAUAUUCAAGAAUUAAUUCCUGCGCCUAACAUCUGCCAAAGUCGAAGUCAAACAAGAUGCACUUCGAAAUAGCGUUCAAGCACUGGCUGUAUGUAACCUCAGUGCUUUUCUAAAAGAAAAAAAAAAGGCGAAGACACGAGAAUUCGCGAGACACGCGAAUCGUUUCCUCGCACGCCUACGGUUUGCAUUCACGCGGUGCUUCUAGGCUAGGGUACGAGAAAUACGGUCAGCUCUGAAACGGCGAAGGAAUGCCACGUUUCCCCACUCUGGUCGCAUGCCCGUACCACUCCUGCCCCCGGCCCGCUGUAAAUUGUGUAGAAGUGGAAUCCCCACCUCAUAGGCAGAAGCACCUGUUGCGCAGCUACCUGUUUUACUCGAUCCAUGGGUCCGUUUCUCUCUCUCCAUCUCUUUCUCUUUCUCUUUCUCUCAGUAUCGUGCACGGUGUCACGGCAGUAGGACGGUGUCUCCAAUCACGGUGGUGAUUCUUCGAUAAAGGGCAACGACUCGCAAAGUGAAAAUAAUGUUUCCUUAUGCACGUCGUAUGGAGCCGUGGUGAACAGUGCCGGGAUUCUGGUCUCUCCGUCUCGUUCAGCGCGAGAAAUUUCACCGAGAGGAAAACGGGCUACGUGCAAGCCGAGUUGGACAUGCAUCGAAGGAGUGUUUGAGAAGGAGCAAUGGAGGACGAGCCACGGGAUACCUGUUUCGGGGCAGGAAGCGUGGCAGGGGCUGUGAUCGGUACUUUCCUCACGACGAUUCUCCUGCUCGUCGUUGCCGCGCUCGUUUACAGACAGUGGCGUAAACACAAGGGUAAACACUUGGUCCUAGUGACAGACCCAGAAAUCGUUGAAGAAGCUUAUGCCUUCGACAAUCCUUGUUUUAAGGAUGUCUCAGCAACGUCUACUAAUCGAAGCCGAGAAGGCCUGGUAUCUGUGGCACCCAGAGAUACUCCAGGUAAAGAUUCUGUACGAUGGUCUACUUCUUGGACGUCCUUGGGCCUGGGAUCAACUAACCGCAAUGAUAAAAGAAAAACACUCGAUGAUUCUUGUCUUGGACCGAAAGCCACAAAGGUUAACGUAGUCAGCUUGAAGAGUCGAGAUUUCACAGGAUUGGGAUUCAAUAUUUGCGGCAACAUGAGAGAGGGGAUCUUUGUCAAAGAUCUCUUACACCGUGGGCCUGCAUCUGAAUCUGGACGAAUACAUCCCGGUGAUCGCGUGGCCAGCGUGAAAAUAAGCUUCCGAAACAUGGUGUACGAGGACGCCCUAACGAUUCUAAGCUACGCCUCGCCAUACGACGUGAAACUGGAGGUAGAAAGCGGAGGAAGUGGAUCGAAACCGACCACACUGUUGAAGAAAAGCGUCGGUCCGAGCGCAGCGAGGAUCUGCCACCCUCUCUACCGAAGCCAAUCGAUCCCGGAGCUCUCGCAAUCCAAGAUCGUCGCGAAAAGGCUCUUCAUAGUCGAUCCGAACGAAUCCAUCAGCUCCAAUUACUCCACGAUGAAUUCCACCCUGAAAUCCUGCAUGUCUACUCCAAGCAACCAAACGUUCGAGAAACGCCACGAAGAAUCGAAAGGCAACCAUCAGAAAUUCGGUAUCAAGGUUCUGCCAGCUCUCGACGGCACGGUUCAUCGUAUCGAGAAUCAGAACGAGCACAACACGAACCUCGAGAGAAGAAACUCCAAGAAGAUGGACACGGAGAAGCAUCUGUCGAACAUGGCCAAGGCUACUUUGAUCGACAGGAAGGAAGAAGCUCAGCGUCAACAGACUUCACAGGUAAAUCCACCUAAAAUAAAAAACGACGUUCCUCCAGCGCGUAGCGUCGAUACAUUAGAUAAAGGUGGAAAAGACACGGAUGGAUCGUUUCGUAUGCCCUCGGAGGUGCCCACAGAGGUGCACAAUGCAGCCAUGGCCGCGCGUAGGAAUCGAAAGAACAGUUCGGAACUGCUAAACGUGCAGAAGAACGUUGAGUCUGUGGAAACGGAGGACCAGAAGAAUGUACAAAAGAAUAAAAGGAAAGCUCCGCCACCUCCGAAAGGGAACGAGACAGAAAGUGCUUCGCCUUCCAAAAAGGAUUUAUCCCUAAAAGCUUACGACUCGAAGAAGGAGGACGAGAUCAACAGCAUCAUCGAUUAUUCAGAAUCGUUAACAGAUUACGUGAACAAGGUGCGCGAAAAUGUGGAGAAAACCGAUUGUAAGACGGACUUCGACGAACCGAAGAUGGAGACUUUGAUAAUAGAUGGAAGGCAUUCGGAGUCUGACACAGACAGCGAGAUACAGAACAGUUUCACGACCAUAGAAUUAAAUUCUGCUGAUAUUACCAUUCAUCGAACACCCGUACCAGAGACGAACAACGACGAGGACGAUGAGGAUGAUGUUUAUAGAAAGGCAGCAAGCCUGGGUGAUCUGUCCAAGUACGAAUGUCGAACAUCUGCCACUCUGGAAAGAGCUCAGAGCCUGGACAUGACGGACACAGGCACGAAAAAGCGUAAGGCACCGCUUCCUCCGGAGGAUAUCAACGAGUCUACCGAGGACUUGACUAAACUCGACCAAAUGGACACCUUCGACAGACGACUGCUAAAGAAGUCGAACGAGUGGGGAAAUUUAGAGGACGUAGUCUGGCGCAAGACGCAGGAUUCAGAGGACAGGUCGAAGAAACCUAGAACUGGUAAGAAGAGCAACGAUCCUCUGGAACGAUCCACGUCGGCGAUAGAAAUUAAGUUAAAACGCGAUACGUCCGAGUCGGGAGACGAAGAUCCAAAAGAUGACGAACCUGUCGAGUUCUACAACCUUCCCCUUAGCAUGAGGCUCACGGAGGAGUUCAUUCGCACCGAGCGUAUGUUCAAUCCUGACGAAGACAACUCGUUGGCGAGAAUCGUCAACGAUGGCGAGGUUGUUAAAAGUCCCACGAUCGAAGAGGUGGAGUUGAAGUUCAAGCAAGAAACGUCACUGCCUGAAGACUUCAACGACGACAGCGUCAUCGUGGACGAGCAUUCCUCCGACGAGGACGAGAGAAGGCCGAGCAAGGAUUUUGGUAAGGCUCUGAAGCGCUUCGAGAUGUACUCUGAGAAACCAGCGAGCAUCUCAGAGUCCUCCAAGCAGGAUCUGUUCCGUUUCAAGAACUGGAAGGAGGAUACUUCGUUGGACGGCAAGAAACCCAUCGAGGAGGAGCCAAUGACGAAGAUUAAUAUAAAAAGAGGAUGCCACGCGUGCGGGGACAACUGCAACCGUCACGAGACGUGCAAGAAGAAGGCCUUCUCUUCGAAACGUUCGUCCACGCCGAUACCCUUGCAAGACUACUCCUCCAAUUCGGCUGAGGGUAACGGUUCCGACUCGAUCACGAUGCAGGACGACGAAGAAGCGAACUCGAGCCCCCACACGCACGGGUCCCCGCUUAAACACAGGGAAAACGCAACCGAGACAUCGUCGAUCGAUGGCAAAUCAAGGCGAGUCAUCGAGGUUCCCACUAGUCAAAGAAUGGACAGGGAGAACGACGAGGAUGAGGACGAGUACGAAUUCGGUUCCGGUGUGACUGUAAACAGCAAAAAUUUGUUCGACCGCGAGGACCGUCGCAAUAUAAACAAUAUCAGUGUCUCGAGUGGUGAAAACAGUGAGGACAGCGGAUUGGUGGGUGAAUCGAUGGACUACAAUCCGCAGGACUUCGACGGUCGGUCAGCUCUGACCAACACGCCGCAGAAAAUGACUUACAUCACAGAGAUCAAGCUCUCGGCCGACAAGGAUAAAGCUCAGGAAAAGGACAACAGCGAAAUGGUAACCGCGACACGUGCUAAGGAGAAGAUAUCGGUACAAAGUGAAAUCAAAACGACGUCGAACGGAAAGACUGCUUCGAAUAAAAAGCCACCGGUCCCGCCGAGAAGAACAGACAUCGCCAAGUCGAAUAAAAAGGGAAACGCCGAGGGCAAACAAGUAAUUUAUGUGUCCGAGUACAAGCCCAACGAGUCGAAGGGAUCCGAUGAUUCGGAUUCGAAACAGGAAGUCAAGGAGAGUGGUUCAAAGAAAUUGGAUCAGUGGACAUUUUUCGAUGAUAAAGAACAGAAUCGAUGAGAAUGAAAGAUCGGUCACCUUGAGGUUGUUUGUCGACAAUGUUCUCGAAUAUGUAAUACUAAUGAACGAGUCGUGAGCUGUGGAUACAGCUUGAAUUGAGAUAGACGUUGUUGUCGUCUUACCCUUCGAAAUUGGUUCGGAAAGUUUCGAGGAAGGCAAAAGUUUGGAAGAAGGCAGAGGAAGGCGAAGCUGUAGAAAGGCAGACGUUGCAAUCGACAUUGGAAAUUUAGCCUCUUGAGGGACGAAUGGUGGGCUAGUUGAAUACACAGAGAGUAAAGCGAUUUUUGUAUCUAUAAAUCAAUUUUGACACUUUACUGACCAGUAGCCUAUUAAUGGGAAUUUUGCAAGGACAAUCAAUACUUUGUUAUCUAUUAUUGUGAUAAUAUUUUAUGCUCCCAUCAUUAUAUGAAUUAUGAACUAUUAUGUAAAUAUUAAUCAUAAAACGACUCUAAUGAUUAAAAGAAAUAUUGAAUAAUACUAAUGGUAUUAAAAUACAAAACACUAUUGAAUUUAAGUACAUAUCCCUUCGCUACUGGUCGAUAAAGUAUUACCAUACAAAUAUACUAUUUCACUUUAAUAUGGUUAUACUUUUGAAUUCUAAAAAUUAUUGUGAUUGUAAUGGUCAUUUUGAUAUAAAAGGAAAUGCACACAUGUGUAUCAGUAUCCCUCAAGAGGUUAAUAUCGUAAAGUAGAAGAACAAUUCUAAUAUACUGUACUCAACCUUUAUCGCAUAGACGAAUCAGCUGUCGAUCGGUAUUGUACCUAUAACAUUACGCUCAUCCCGAAUAGAUCUGUUCUUCAACUAGUCGAAAAGUUCGAUUUAGUAUCUCCUUCCAUUCUCUGAAAAGACUGGCCCCUGUUUAAAAAUAUGUUUUUGAUGUUUUGAUGAAAGCGUUUACUUGUUGUAAUUAAAUUGUAUUUAUAUUUCAAUGUGUUUCUUGUUUUUAAAAAUUAUCGUAAUUAGAAUUUGUAUUAUACAUGAAUUGCAUCUUUAUAAGGUAGUACAGUAUUAUGAAGUAUCAUACGUAUCAAGAAUCAUGCAUAUUCCAUGUAUACCCUGUUUUUGCAAUAGACACUACUGAUUGUUACUAUUCGAGACUAAAGUAAUUUUAAAAAGCGUUCCAAAAAUAUUAUACAUUCGAAUAAUAACAUAUAGUCGAUAUCAACAUUUUUGCGACUGUUGGUGUUUUUGUAUAGCAUGUACUUGUAACUCAAUUAUAUGUUUACAAUCAUCUUACAUGGUUAUAAUAGUAUGCACUUUCUGCACGAUUUCUGGGACCAAGAUUCUUGUUAUUAUGUGAUGCUUCCAUAACUUGAUCGACGCGAGCUCAAUGCGAGGCAAAAAGGUGUACAAAGUAUACAAAUUACUUGAAACUUGUAAAAAAUAUACAAUUUUUAUAUAAACGAUUGUUAUGACGUUUAAAAAUUUAUUAAGUUGUAUUUUACGUCGACGUGAAGUUGACGGUAUCAGGGUAACAUGAGGCAAAGCAGGAGAUUUAAUAACAAUAUAAAAUAAUGUUAUUACAGCGUAUAAAUAUUGUAAGAUGUCAACGUUACUUAAUUAACACGCGUAAGAAAUAAAUAUGACGAGUGGAGGAAUUGCCAUUUUCAAAAUAUACUGACAUUUUAAUAAGCACAAUGUUUUUAAUCUCGUCAUUUGUAAGAUAAUGAGAAAAGUUAACGAAAAAUUAAGAAAAGGUUAAAUAGAAAGGAAGUUCCAACUAAACUAAAAUGAUUCUGUCUUUGUCAUUGAAAUUCCAUAUCUUUUUAUCUAUUGAAAAAUU